AUGUCAGCCAAGGAAGAGCGUGCCAAGGAGAUCCUGAGGGGCAUCAAACUAAAUUGGAUGAACCUUCGGGAUGCUGAGACAGGGCAGAUACCCUGGCAAGGAACAGAAUUCCUGUCAGUCCCUAGAUUGGAGCACGAAGCCCGUGUUUCCAAGAAAAUUCAAUGCAAGGCAGUGUCUCGAUAAUUGAACUUCUCCUCAGCAGAGCAAAUGGAAAAAUUCCACCUGGAACAAAAAGUUUACUUCAAAGGGCAAUUCCUAGAAGAAUGGUUCUUCGAGUUUGGCUUUGUGAUUCCUAACUCCACAAAUACCUGGCAAUCCUUGAUAGAGGCAGUGCAUGAGACCCAGAUGAUGCCCGCCAGCAUGCUAACUGGGAAUGUUAUCAUAGAGACAAAGUUUUUUGACAACAAUCUUCUCGUAAGCACAUCCAGAGUAAGACUUUUCUACGUUUAA